GAGAACAUCAUGAAGUCAAACAUCGAUAAGAAAUUCUCUGCCCAUUAUGAUGCAGUGGAAGCUGAGCUGAAAUCUAGCACCGUGGGUUUGGUGACCCUCAAUGACAUGAAGGCCAAGCAAGAGGCCCUUGUAAAGGAACGGGAGAAGCAGCUAGCCAAAAAGGAACAGUCCAAAGAAUUACAACUAAAAUUGGAACGGAUGCGGGAGCGGGAACGCAAGCAGGAACAAAAGCGUAAGAUCUCAAGCCUGUCCUUCACUCUGGAUGAAGAGGAGGAAGAUGAUGCUGAGGAAGAAGAUGAGGAAGCAGAAUUGGAACGAGAAGAGUUGCCUCCCAAAAAGAAGAAACUUGGGAAGAACCCAGACGUGGACACUAGUUUCCUCCCUGACCGUGACCGUGAGGAAGAAGAAAACCGCCUGCGUGAAGAGCUCCGGCAAGAGUGGGAAGCCAAACAGGAAAAAAUCAAAAGUGAAGAAAUUGAGAUCACGUUCAGUUACUGGGAUGGCUCUGGGCACCGUCGAACGGUGAAGAUGAAAAAGGGAAACACCAUUCAGCAGUUCCUGCAGAAGGCCCUGGAAAUCUUACGCAAGGACUUCAGUGAGCUUCGCAUCACAGCUUCUACGAUUUCAUUGUCACCAAGGCCCGAGGAAAAAGCGGCCCGCUCUUCAAUUUCGACGUCCAUGAUGAUGUCCGGCUUUUGAGUGAUGCAACAGUGGAGAAAGACGAGUCCCACGCCGGUAAAGUUGUACUUCGCAGCUGGUAUGAGAAAAACAAACAUAUUUUCCCCGCGAGCCGAUGGGAGCCUUACGAUCCAGAGAAGAAGUGGGACAAGUAUACGGUAGGAAGGGAAGGGAACUCUCUUUGGUUGUGGGAUGGUGUCCAACGAGGAUGGGAUCAUUUGCGCGAAGGUCACGUGACCAUAAACAUCUCUCUUUUUAUUCUCAAGCUAUGAGCUAAAAUAUUAAAGCACCGUUUUUUUGUUAAACAUUUUUGGUGAAUAUCCAAAAAGCCUGCAGUCACACAUUUCAUGCAUUACCCUGCAGACACAUAGAUUUCACGUGUAAUGUGUGUCUGAAAUAUAAGCCAUUGUUUUUCUGCCUGUGCUAUAUAUCAGGAGGUGGCCAACACUGUAAAAAAAGAGUGACAAUCAAGUUCGUUUGCAUCCUUUCCAACCAAUCACCCUUUCCGUCAACUGUAACAUCCGUCCAACUCCACAAACUAUUCUUCACAAUCUCUCUGUCUCUUAACACUUGACCUACUUCUACAGAAAUCAUACGGAGGCAUUCUUUCCCCUAUUAUUUAAUCAUGCAAAUUGCCUUGUUUCUCAGUUGUGGGAAAGAUCCAGGUUAAACUCUUCUGCCUGCACAGCACCGAAAAACGUAGAAACGACUGGAGACAGGAGCAUUAAUGAGGCUUGCAAAAGAACAUUUCUUAGGGCAAAAGAUGAUGCAAUCUAAUUGACCCAUUCAGCAUCGCCUUGGGUCAGGCUGAGGUGUGCAAUAGUUUAGCAAUAUUGGGAGAUGACAAAUUGUCUUCCUUAUCCCAGCAACGGGACAGAGCCCGCCUCAGAUAUGGCGCCCAGUUCUAAUAGUGCUGUUCAAAAUCUUGAAAGGAUGAGAUCCAGAAGGUCAAGAGCUGAUCCAUUUCUGAGUGCAGGACACUGAAUAAUGGGUUGAAGUUACAGGAAGGCAGAUGUUGAGUGAACGUUCUAAAAAAAGACCCUUUCUGACAGUAAGAGCAGUUCAAUAGUGGAAAUGUUUCUCAGAAAGGAGAUGGGUCCCCUUAAUUGAAUCCGUUCAAGCAAAGGCUAGAGGUCCAUCUAUCUGGGAUGUUUCCAGUUGGAUUCCUGCCUUGACCAGGAGAUUAGACUUGAUGGUCCAAAUGAGAUCUUCCGAUCUGAGGAUUCUGUGAUCCUGGUGGAUUAUGUCCCUUCUAAACACUGUAGUAAUACAAUAAUACGCCAAGACCUAAGUGGACGGCGUAUUUCUGGCAGAAAGCUUCAUUUCUUAUUGAUUUAAAAAUUAGGCCUAAUCUAUGCCGCAGCUGCUUGCAUACUAAUUGGAUUGCUGCCAUUUGCUUUUCUAGGUCAAAGAAAGGCGGCCUCUUCCUCGCUCUUAAAUGUGAGCUAACGGCCCCGGUCUAAUCCUUAAAUGAAAGGGUGCCAUACUGUGCAGUGCUUUCCACUUGCGCUCCAUAUCUGGCAGGAUUUUUGCCUCCCUACUCCUGCUUAAAAUGUGCUUUCCUUUGCCUGGGUGAAGAAGAAAGGAGACCCCCUUCUAAAGGGCAAAUUCAUUUCAUGAAAUGAAUCUCAGUUGAUUUUGUGAAGUGAUUUUUUCCCCCCUCUUCAAAAAAUGAGGAGCUUACAAGAACCUUUGACCAUUAUAAAAGUAGAAGGAACCACAAGACCUUAGUCUUCAUAUGAGUCAUGUGCGGCCAAAUUAUAUAUCCUUUGCCUCUCCUGGAGUCACUUCUGUGGAGCAGAUUGUGGUCUGCACACAUUAAGCCAAGAAGAGAAUGUCCAGCCCAUGGACCUUCCUUUGGCCUCUGGGUCUUCCUAGCAGCACGAUUCAUGUUUAUGUCGGUCUAUGUGCGUGUUUCUCUGUUUCUCUCUAUGUGUAUGUAUAUCUGUUCUUGUCAUAUAUUGUUUCAUAGAGAUUUGAGGCAAAUUUCUAAAGUGAAUGGAAAUUUUGUGGCAUUCUAACAAGUGCUGGAGACAAACAGCAUAAUCUUUAGGCCUCGCAUUUUGAUUUCCAGAAGCUAUUUGAAAUGGAUUGAAUGCCCAAAGAAUGCUGGGACCCCCCCCCCCGAAACAAAUGAUUGUGCCCUUUCUCUUCCCCUACUAGACAAUAUUGCGUUAUUAU